AUGCGGACAACCGCCAGUGGUUCGGGCUCGAAUGAGGAGAGACGUGAUGGAGCUGCCAAUGGGGGCACCACCUCUGGGCUGCGUGCUCCUCCCACCGCGGUCAACGCUCCCUUCUACGCCAACCCGCGAGCAACGCUGCACGAGAUCCUCCACCCCAAUCCCAUCGUCCUCUUCUCCCUCGCCUUCUUCCUGCUGGGGCUCCUCAACAAUGCCCUGUAUGUAGUGGUGCUGACGUCGGCGCAGGCAUUGCUGCCAAAGGGUGUGCCAGUGGGACUGGUAGCGCUUGCCAACAUCGGCCCGGCUUUGGUGGCCAAGGCUAUCUGGCCAUACCUGCUCAAGGGGAGGGUGAGGUAUGCUCGGAGAGUGAUCUCUUGCACGGCUCUGAGUACUGCAGGCAUGCUGGUCAUCGCCUUCAUACCAGCUCUUGAGACUCGACUUCUGGGCAUCUCCAUGGCUUCCUUCUCAUCAGGGCUCGGGGAGUUGACCUACCUGCAGCUCUGCACUCGGUACGGACCCAUGAGGGCGGGCAGAGGUGUUGGCUGGUUCGCCUCAGGUACCGGUGCUGCAGGGCUAUUCGGUGCAGCGAGCUGGUGGGUCGUCAGACCAUUAGGCGUAAAGGGAGGUCUAACCAUCAUGAGUCUUGUACCACUCCUAAUGGCCGCGGCAUACUUUGUGGUGAUGCCCGACGUUGAAGCCAUGAAAGAGUUUGAAGCUGGCCUAACAAGCGCUCAUGGAGGAGGUUACCAGGCUGUGCCCUCGGCAGAUGAUGAGGACUCUGAUGAGGAAGACGAGGCGCUGACAGGGGAAGAGCAAGCAAGAGGCACAACAAGUACAGCAGCUGAUGCUGUCGGUAGCAAGACGAUCAAGCUGAGCUUCCAAGAGAAGAUGGAUCUGCUCAAGCCCAUGCUCGUCCCCUUCAUUGCUCCACUAGUGCUGGUUUACCUCUUUGAAUAUACAAUCAACCAAGGCAUCGCUCCCACGCUCAUCUACUCGGUUCCAGAUCCAUCCCAGCAUCUCCUCCUCUCCUGGCUCAUCAAGAAUCUCCACGACUACUAUGUUCUCUAUCAAACCACCUACCAGGCCUUUGUCUUUCUCUCUCGCUCGUCCCUCUCAGUGCUGCAUAUCCCACCGAUCCCGCGGUCUCUCUUGUGGUUGCCAGCGCUGGUACAGGCGAGCAUCCUAGCAUUGCUCACAAGCGAGAGCUUGUUUGCCUGGUUCAGGGAGAGUAUCGCGAGGAGUCUGGUGAUCGUCUUUGUAGGCAUCGAAGGCAUUGCCGGAGGUUGGGCAUACGUCUCCGUCUUCUACCAAAUCGGCACUACCCACCACCAGUCCAAGACCAUCUCCACGGACUCCUCUUCCAGUCCAGAAGAAGUAGAGAUAGAGCUCGCCCGCCGUGGGCAAGAGCAGGAGUUCCGCGUGGGCUGUGUGGGUGUGGGAGACUCAAUGGGGAUUCUCCUGGCGAGUAUUAUCUCCAUGCCGUUGCAGUUGGGCCUUUGUGAUGCGCAGGUCAAGGCGGGGAGGGAGUUGUGUGCGCAAUUGUAGUAGCCUGAAGGGCUUGCCUACUCAGUCAUCCAAUAGAUUCGUUAUUCAGAUCGUACAUUGAUGGCCAUGAGGCUGCUGAAAUAUGGUACAAUUGAUGAACGCUCUCCUCAUCCCCACCUCCUAAGGUUCUCACUUGCCCUUGGAUCGAUCAUGAAUGCUAUAAUUC